UCAAUCCAUCAUUUCAAUGGAUUAAUGACACUUUUUCUGCGUUAUACUCCCUUGCAACUGCAUGGAUUUGGUAGCAAGUUUAGGGUUAGAUAGCCUACCUUUUCAGGAGGGUGUCAGACCUUUCUAUGAAGCAAAUUAUACAAAAGUCCAAUGCCUCAGCAAGGAACUGCUGACUAUAGAAUGUCUUUAUCUUAAUUUUAAGCUGAAGGCAGGUACCUGGGUGAGGAUGAUGCAGAGGCAGCACUCGGUGAUCCUGACCCCAGCUCGGCAGCCACCUCCACCACAUGCUGUGCCAGAGCUCAGUAGUUUGGGGCAACUCAUCCUGGCUUCUCUCACACCCACAUUUCCCUCACCAUUACAGCUACCUAAAAGAAUUGACCCCAGUUCCUAUUACAAGGAAGUAUACUACAGACAGUUCCAGGCUGAGCCUGAAGCACAGCCAGGAUGCACACAGCCUUAUAGCUCACAGACCCAGACUUGUGACAAUCAGAGAAAUCAUAGCACAUCACUGACCCUGAUGCGUAGCUCUUGUGAUGGCAAGGUGACUGAAAGGAUGACAUCAAACCACAACUGGAUGUUUGGACCUCAGAUGAAUGGUAGGGAGCACAGUGAGGCUGACCCCAACUCCCUACAGCAGGACUUUGCUUCUUUGUUGAAUGUUGACUUUGAGCACCAGAAUUGGGAUGAAAUAGAUCAAAAUGUUUUGACCAUAGAAAAUUCUGCAACAGCAAUAGACAACAAAAGACUACCAAUAAGCAAGACUUCCCAACCCAAUCUCCAGAAAUCAUUGAAGAGGAAGUUAGCACCAAGAAUAGUAAACAAAGUAUCAUUUCUUGAGGAUAACUUUGAACCAACUCCACAAGAUGAGCUUAUGAUACAGCAGAUGGAAUUGUGUGACCCUCACGAUAUUAUCCUAGGAGAGUCCCAUGCACCCCCCACAGAUUUACUUGCUCCAGAUGAUUUUACAGUAAUUGAACCCCAUCUUUUUGACUUGUCCCUUUCACCUAUAAUGGACCCAACUCCAAAGGAAGCAGAAAACACCAAUGUGUCUCAUGAUCGAUCAGGUCAGUGCAUUGACUUUCCUAGUGGUGUAACAGGGAGCCUUCAAACAAGCAAUAUAGUAGACAAUAGAGUUUUACUAGAUCAUCAAAAUAGUAACUUUAGAAUUCAGGAUGCUGCAGGUAGUGGCAUAGAUAAACCAAUAAUCACAAAUCAAUGUUCAUUACAAAAUCAACAGCAUGCAUACCAUAAAGAGGCUAAAACUGGUACAUGUAGUGAAAAAGAGGUGCAGCCAAUUAUCCAAGGAGAGACAAGAAAAGAUUUGAGGAGGUUAGAAGUAAACAUUGUUAAAGAUAAUGUGACUUCUUUCCCUUUAUCUGAUGCCACUAAUACUCAUGCAAAUAGUUUCAAUGAUAAGGACGGUAGAAGUCUUCAGAAUUCUAACUUCAUAGUGGAACAUUUAGAAGAAAACAUCAAUAACCAUGAUAUGAACCACCAUGUGAGCAUGUUCAGUGCUGCAAACAAGGUAAUUAACCAGCAAGAAAAUGUGACCACAGGAAAGGAAGGAAAAAUUGACAGAUGUUCGGAUGAGGAUCAUGUUGUUCGACAAGGCAGAAAAAAUACUUCCCAUGAUGUCUUUCUCCAGCAGGAGGAUAAGGUUCCUGAAAUGAGAAGUCUAAAGAUAAAUUUAGAGGCCCAAGAAGAUUGUAAUGAAAGUGUUGAUAUGUUUAAUAUCACCACAGACACUCUCCAAACUGAGCCCAGGGACCCUAUAAGAUUUGAGGAAAGUCAGAAAGAUGUUGGGCCACAACUUGAAGAUCCUCAAGCGUUAAACCAAAGUGUUGACAUUUUUAGCACACCAAAAUAUAACAUUUCGCUGUCUAAAGCCAUACGUGGAAGGAAGGAAGAUAAGACACGUGAUAAAAGCUCAAAGGAACUUCAACUUUCUUCAAGUAGAACAUUUACAGAACCAUCAUUACUUAGAAGCUUAGAGAAACGUGAUGAAACCCUGGAUAAAGGUCAUGCACUUAAAACCCCUCACUUUAAGGCACCAUACAAGGUAGUUUCAGGAUCACCUUUUAUUGGAUAUCCAUCAGAUAGAAAAAAUGUUACAUCUACGCCAAAAGAGGCACAGCAGAAGAAGGUACGCAGGUUUGGUAGUGGUUACUCAUCUGACAGUAGUGAGACCAAGGAGACAAUGAAGGACAACAAUGAUCCUAAAUCUCCCAAAAGAUCUGCAUACAAACAUUUCACAUUAAGGGCUGAUGCUGGAGUAGAAAGGACAUGCUCAGAUUCAGGCCAGAAUUCACUCCCAAAAAGAAAACUUGAAUUCAAGCCAAAAUUUAUGAGCAGAUUGAGUUCCUUCAAGUUUUCUGUUUCUCCUUCAAAAAAAGCUAAGACUGACAUUCCAUUAUGCAGUAAAAGUAAAAAUAAACCUAACAUAAAUGCACAGGACUCUCUGAAUUUUCCUGCUCGAUCCAUAGCAAAGUCUAAUGGUAGUAAAGGUGAUACUUCUGUAAAUCUUCAAAAUCCCAUACUAGCAGAACCUGAAUCGGGUAAAAGCUUUCUUAAAAAAAGGCAGGAAAUUUCAGAUAUAAUGGAGCAUAUCAACAAAUCUCUUUCAAAACAGCCUGAUAGUGCAGUUGGUGAUGAUACAUGUAAAAAGAAGAGUAUAGGGAAGCCUUCUGGAGAAUUAGAUGAAACUCCUUGUAACAAAGACCCAUCUGAACCAUUUGCAUUAAAGAAAAUCUGUUCAGAAUCCAACAAAAAAGCAAAGCUCUCAACAGAAGUAAAAGGCUCAGCAAAGAAAAGGAAAAAGGAAGACAAAGAACAUAAAGAGACAGCCAAGAAAAAGAAAACAAAAUCCACUGAAAAUCAUUAUAAAGAAAAAAAUUGUAAGUUAAAAGGUGUCGGAAAGAAAACAUUGGACAGUAAAGUAGCUAGCAAAGAAAAAAGCACCAAAAGUUUCCCAAGUGAGGAUGUUGAGAGUCAUAUAAAGGACAGCAGCAACACUGGUGCCAAGCAGAGCAGCAGGAGUGUGCAGAAAUCAGCAGUUUGCACAGAAUGUUCUCAGGACACUUUGACUUCAUCUCAGGCUGAUCCUUCAAGAUGGCCACUUGGAAAUGAGGCUCAGCUCCUGGCAGUGUUACAAUAUCUUAACAGGGCACAGGAAUUCUGUAUGACACUUCUCUACAGGGACACUUCAUCUCAACUGCGUGAGAGAGUGUCAGGGGGCAGGAAGCAGCACCCUGACAGUGGGGAGGUGACUGGCCUUGCUGUCAGGGUCUCCUGGUUUACAGAUUCAGCUCCUCCGCCUGCACUACUUCCUACAGGUUAUGAUGAAGAGCUGAGGCAGCUUGAGGAGGGAACCUUGAGCCAUGAGUUGGUAAACAGAACCAGUAGCAAGGAAACACAUCCCAGCAACAUUUCUGUAGUGUACAAAAUCCCUCUUGGUAUUAACUUCAAUAAGGAGGAAGUCAGGUCCGUGAUGAGCUGCAUCAUGAAGAGUGACGUGCGCAAGAUAAGCUUUGAUGCCCAAGAGACCAUCACCCUCCUAGUAGAAAAGCUUGAGAUUGACCACAAAGAAGUUAUUAGUUCCUGGGUUGUGUUGGACCCCAAAAUUGGUGGCUGGCUGUUGGACUCGGACCAUCCCCCUGUCACCUUUAAGCAGACUGCGCUUGCUCUCAAAGUGCCUCUCCCUCAGGCAGGAAGUGGCCAGCAUACAGAGGAGGAGAUCCGAAGUGACCUAGAGGCCUUAAGCAAGUUGACUGCUUCCCUCCACACCCACCUCAGCUGCCUCGGCCUGUGGACCAUCUUCCUGCACCUUGAAAUGAGAAUCACACCAGUUCUUGCUGUGAUGGAACUGAGAGAUAUCAGAGUGGACAGAGCCAUCCUCAAGGAAAUAGGACAAAGACUCAAGCACAAGAUUGAGGAGGUGGAGCGACGAUGCCACCAAGUGUCUGGGUCAGUGUUCAAUGUUGCUUCCCAUGCCCAGCUGCGGUCUGUUCUCUACCAAGAAUUGAAGUUGGAUCUCAAAGCCAGAGUGACUAUUCCUCGCACUGCUAAAGGGCAGAAAAGCACAGGCGAGGUUGCUCUUGGUCGCUUGGGAGACCAUCACCCACUGCCUGGCCUUGUACUGCAACAUCGCCUCCUCAACAAGCUCAAAACAACAUACGUGGAUGGGAUCCUUGCCUGUCUCCAUGGCUCUUGUGUACGAGCUAGCUGGGAGCAAACAUCAGCCUCGACAGGACGCAUCCAGUGCCGUCACCCCAACCUGCAGAAUAUUCCAAAACAGCCGGUCUUGGUGGAGGUGGAUGGUGAUGAGAUGGUUGUUAGGGCACGGGAGUGCUUCUGCAGUCGGACAGGACAUGUGCUGGUGGCAGCUGACUUCCAGCAAACUGAGCUGAGAAUGCUUGCUCAUCUAUCCCAGGAUUCUGUGCUCCUGGCAGGGUUCAAGGAGCCCAACCCAAGCAACAUAGAUAUCUUCAAGCAGCUUUCAGCUACAUGGCUGGAUAAGCCAGUCAACGAAGUAACUAGCUGUGAUCGAGAGCGGACGAAGCGAGUGGUGUAUGCUGUAAUGUAUGGGGCCGGCAAGGAGAAGCUCUCAGAGGUUCUGCACAUCAGUCUGUCAGAAGCCCGGGACAUAAUUUCAUCUUUUAUGAAACGCUUCCCCAGCAUUCCUGCUUACAUGAAGUCAGUGGUGGAGUUGUGUCGGCAGCAGGGCUUCCUCACUACUAUAUUCAGGCGGCGGCGCUCCUUCCCAGGCAUUACUUCCAAAGACCCCACAGUUCAGUCCCAGGCAGAGAGGCAGGCAGUCAACUUCAUCAUUCAAGGGUCAGCAGCAGAUCUCAGCAAGGCAGCAAUGGUCCAAACUGAAGCUGCACUGGCACAGCAACCAGAACUGGAUGCCAAACUGUUGAUCCAUAUCCAUGAUGAACUGGUGUGGGAAGUGCAUGCAGAACACACCCAAGCAUUUUGCGACAUGGUUGCAACUAUUAUGGAAGACACACACCAGCUCUGUGGACCAUUAGUACAGCUGACAGUUCCUUUGCCUGUCACAAUGAGCACUGGCACGAACUGGGCGCACAUGCAACCUCUUGACAAUAGAAGCUGGUCUUCUUGAGUUUGAGCGAAGCGGCAUCCCAGCAUUGCACACGACACUGCCAAGCACAACGCGGCCCAUAAGAAGGGUGUGUCGUGCAUGGUCAUCUCAUCCCCCCAAGCACGCUGAGUGUAAAGAGCCAGCCCAGCCAGUCAGUCUCCACCUCAGCCACCGUCUCCUCCACUGCACCCAGCACCAUGCCUGACCCGGAACCCUGCUGCAAAGACAAAGAGG